GAGCAACUUAUGUUUCUACGCGACAUUAUGGAUCUUCGUCCAACGGAGGACAACCUUGAGGAGGAAGUGGAGGAGACAGUGGAGCACCACUCCAGUGCCGGAGAAGUAGAAGGCCCAUCGUCACCAUCUGCUACCGAAGUGGGACAAGGGACCUCCACAAGGCCUUCCCAAGCAACCGCUCCCCCCACUUCAGAAGUGGAGGCUUCCUUGGCCGGACAGUCACGGCGGAAAAGAUCCGCCCAGCCUGGUGACACUUCGGUCAAUGUACAGGUACUUGAGUACCUUAAUAGGGCCAGGCAUGAGGACACUUAUGACCUCUAUGCCAGGAGUCUGGCCACACAUUUCCGGAACUUGACUCCAGAACGUUACUUUCGGGUACAAACGGUCAUCAGUACCGUUCUGGAGGCAUGCACGCCGUCAAACGAUCCCUCGGAUAUAUUUACGGCCAGUGAUAAUUGGCGGAUGUAUGGCAACACAAGUUGGCCAGUCCAACAUCCCCCUCCGCCUAGUGUUCCCACCCCACCAAGAAUAUCCGCCACAUCACGGGCGUCACUAUGUUCCCCCACCACCACAGCCUGGGCUUUCCGCACCAGGCAGUUACCCUCGCCCCCAGUAUGA